CCCGCGAUCGGUCGCUUAUUCGAGUUGUCCUACCGGUUGAUCAUCUACUAGCUCCCCCCACACCUCAACUUGGAGGAUGGCCACCAUCCGACAAGGUUCUUGCUUGUGCAAGAGAGUGCGCUUCACAGUCCAAGGAGAUCCUUUCUCUUAUAUGGUCUGUCACUGCCCCAACUGCAAGAAGUCGGCGGGGUCUGCCUUCAUGACGAACGCGUUCUUCGCCCCGGAUAAAAUAUCCGUGACAGAAGGCGAGGGACUUGUGAAGCAGUACCACGACUCCGACACGACGAGCGGACAAACGCUGAUUCGCUCUUUCUGCUCAAACUGCGGGAGCUCGCUGUUCCUUUCCCCAACCAAAGCCGACUGGAAGAGUGUGUGCCCGUCUGCAGUCGACGGAGGUCGAGACUGGGUGCCCCGUCGAGAAAACAGGACGGAUGCCAAGUUUGGAUGGGUGCAGCAGCUUCACACUGAGCCCAAACGCAAGUCGGGAUCGAAGCUAUAGCGGCCAGGAACUCGUAUCUGCAUGUGAUUAAUCGAAUAUUACAUCUAAUCUUAUCCGCCUGACAUAUCCACUCACGUGCGAUGGAAAUCCGGAGCUGUUUCACGUCCGAGCGUUGGUCGGUUUCACAAUGUCCCUGCUCGCGAUCCGCCUCUUGGCCUUAUCCGUCUCGUCCAACUUACGAUGGGGUUCCGCUGAACUCAAAGCAAUACAAUACAUAGCAUAAUCCCCUCAGAUAUGAUACACGACUAUUCUUGAAAGCAUAGCGAGAGCAAUAUAUAGCAUCUAGCACGUUAAUGAGCAUAAUUCACUCGUCUGGCUCAGCAGCAGGCACAUCGGCCGCAUCCGGCUCGGGCUGAGGCGUCGGCGCAGACUUCCGCAGACGCGCCGGCCGCGAGCGUUUAGUUUCCUGGGUCAGCACAGUCAGCACAGAACCCCCUCGCAAAGCCUAGCAGCGAGCGGCACACACACCUCGAAUGGAUCCUCUGGUACAUCGAAUACGAUCCCAGGUCGCUGUCUCCGGCCGGGCCUCCUGCUCGUCUCGUGGUGGGCUUGCUCCGAAACCCUCCAGUCUUCGGUGGCCGCCCAUGGAUCCCGCUGCGGCGGCGAGCUGCUCGGAAACUGGCUGCUCUGAUGAGACGCUGUCGGCGAUCCCAUCACUGUGUUUGUCUGUCCGUGUGUAAUGAGCAUCGGGUCGGCCGACCACACACACAGCAGCUGUGACAAACUCACCGCAGUGCCAUCAACUGCAUCCAUCGAGGCGGUCGACACUCGGUUAUAUCGCUUGGUCGUGAGGUAGCGGAAUGAGGAAAAGACCCUGGAGUUCGGGCUCUUGCGAUCUGGCGCUACGGCUUGGGGCUUGGGAAUUGUGAUCGGCGAUGGAGGAACCGCCCGAGGGGUAUCCUCGUCCCGGUGCGCAGCGGAUCUCGUGUUGCGGCUGCUCGGACGAUUGUGACUGUAAGGCUCUGGCUCAGAUUCAUUUCCUGGCUUGGCUCUGAACAUUCCGAGGAGACCUUUCCUCUUGGGGUCAGUGGACAGGGACGCCGGCAACGACGUGCGGGAAGCAGUCGGAGGGAAGAUGGACUGGGCAAGGGAGGAGGGCGUCUUGAGAAUGGACUCUUCGGACGGUCUAUGAUGAAUUGGGGGCACCAUCAACGUCUGAGGGGAGGGGUGGAUCGACGCGCGACUUUCCGGCUGCACACUCGGCGGUCUGACAACGGGAUCUGGAGCGACCGGUCCGGGCGAAAACAAAGCAGAAUCCGCAGGCGGAAGCUGGGAUUGCUGACCGUUGACAAGGGGUGUAUGUCUUUCCGCCACAAGGGAAGGAAAGAAAGGCCGUUCAGGUUUGGAGGAGC